CCGCCCGGGAGCCAGUUUGCGAGCAACUUUUCGCGGGCGCCGGGCCACCAGGGAGGCCAGGGCGGACCGCGAGCGCGCGCAACGGCGGCGGCAGCGGGCCGGCCGGGCCGACGGACGCGGCGCUCCCUGCGAAAGUCUGUGCGCAGCGGCGGGCCAGGCGGGCCGCCCGGAGGAGGCGACUGCGCCAUGGACGAGCCGCCCUUCAGCGAGGUGGCCUUGGAGCAGGCGCUGGCCGAGCCGUGCGAGCUGGACGCGGCGCUGCUGACCGACAUCGAAGACAUGCUUCAGCUCAUCAACAACCAGGACAGCGACUUCCCUGGCCUGUUUGACCCCCCCUAUGCUGGGGGCAGAGCAGGAGGCACAGACCCUGCCAGUCCCGAUGUCAGCUCCCCGGGCAGCUUAUCGCCAUCUCCUGCCAUGAUGAGCUCCCCACUUGAAGGCUUCCUGGGAGGACCCAAGGCGACACCUCCCCCCUUAUCCCCUCCCCCACCUGCACCGACCCCACUGAAGAUGUACCCAUCUGUGCCUGCGUUCUCCCCCAGCCCUGGUAUCAAGGAGGAGCCAGUGCCACUGACUGUCCUACAGCCCGCCACUCCGCAGCCCCUGCCAGGGGGCCUCCUGCCCCAGAGCUUUUCUGCCCCAGCCCCACCGCAGUUCAGCUCUGCCCCUGUGCUGGGCUAUCCCAGCCCCUCUGGAGGCUUCUCCACAGGGAGCCCUCCAGGGAGCACCCUGCAGCCACUGCCUGGCCUGCCGCUGGCUUCCCUGCCAGCGGUCCCGCCCGGCUCCUUGCAAACCCAGGUCCAGAGCACGGCUCCCCAGCAGCUGUUGACGGCCACAGCCACCCCCACAGUGGCCCCUGGAACAACCACUGUGACCUCGCAGAUCCAGCAGGUCCCGGUCCUGCUGCAGCCGCACUUCAUCAAGGCAGAGUCACUGCUCCUGACGACUGUGAAAACAGAUGUGGGAGUGAAGGCAGCGAGUAUCAGCUCCCUGGCCCCUGGCACAGCCGUGCAGACAGGGCCUUUACAGACCCUGGUGAGUGGCGGAACCAUCCUAGCGACAGUGCCACUAGUCGUGGACCCUGACAAGCUGCCCAUCAACCGGCUGGCAGCCGGUGGCAAGGCCCCUGGCUCAGCCCAGAGCCGUGGCGAGAAGCGCACAGCCCACAAUGCCAUCGAGAAACGCUACCGCUCCUCCAUCAAUGACAAGAUUGUCGAGCUCAAAGACCUGGUGGUGGGCACUGAGGCAAAGCUGAAUAAAUCUGCUGUCUUGCGCAAGGCCAUCGACUACAUCCGCUUCCUACAACAGAGCAACCAGAAACUCAAGCAGGAGAACCUGAGUCUGCGCACUGCUGCUCACAAAAGCAAAUCUCUGAAGGACCUGGCGUCAGCCUGCAGCCGUGGAGGAAACACGGACACGCCCAUGGAGGGCAUGAAGCCUGAAGUGGUGGACACGCUGAGCCCGCCCCCCUCGGACGCUGGCUCACCCUCCCGGAGCAGCCCCUUGUCUCUUGGCAGCAGGAGCAGUGGCAGCAGGAGCAGCGGCAGUGACUCGGAACCCGACAGCCCUGUCUUCGAGGACAGCCAGGUGAAGCCAGAACAGCUGCCGUCCCCCCACAGCCGGGGCAUGCUGGACCGCUCCCGCCUGGCCCUGUGCACACUCGUCUUCCUCUGCCUCUCCUGUAACCCCUUGGCGUCUCUGCUGGGCAGCUGGGGUCUCCCUGGCACCUCGGAUGCCACCAGCAUGAACCACCGUCCUGGGCGCAACAUGUUGGGCACUGAGGGCAGAGGUAGGACAGAUGGCCCUGGCUGGUCCCCGUGGCUGCUGCCCCCCCUGAUCUGGCUGACUAAUGGGCUGCUGGUGCUAGUCUCUUUAACGCUUCUCUUUGUCUACGGAGAACCAGUCACACGGCCCCAUUCAGGCCCCGCCGUGCGCUUCUGGAGGCAUCGCAAGCAGGCUGACCUGGACCUGGCCCGGGGGGACUUUGCCCAGGCCACCCAGCAGCUGUGGUUGGCCCUACGGGCUCUGGGCCGACCCCUGCCUACCUCCCACCUGGACCUGGCCUGUAGCCUGCUCUGGAACCUCAUCCGCCACCUGCUGCAGCGUCUCUGGGUGGGCCGUUGGCUGGCAGGCCGGGCAGGGGGCCUGCAAAGAGACUGUGUUCUGCAGGCAGACGCCCGCGCCAGUGCCCGAGAGGCAGCCCUGGUCUACCACCAGCUGCACCAGCUGCACACUAUGGGGAAGUACUCAGGCGGGCCCCUCGCUGCCGCCAGCCUGGCGCUGAGUGCCGUGAACUUGGGGGAGUGUGCAGGGGACGCCGUGUCCACGGCCACACUGGCUGAGAUCUAUGUGGCGGCUGCACUGAGGGUCAAGACCAGUCUCCCGCGGGCCUUGCAUUUUCUGACACGCUUCUUCCUGAGUAGCGCCCGCCAGGCCUGCCUGGCACAGAGUGGCUCAGUGCCUCUUGCCAUGCAGUGGCUCUGCCACCCUGUGGGCCACCGUUUCUUCGUGGAUGGGGACUGGGCCGUGUGCAGUGCCCCACGGGAGAGCCUGUACAGCGUGGCCGGGAACCCAGUGGACCCCCUGGCCCAGGUGACUCAGCUAUUCCGUGAACAUCUCUUGGAGCGGGCGCUGAAUUGUGUGGCCCAGCCCAACCCCAGCCCUGGAUCGGCUGAUGGGGACAGGGAAUUCUCAGACGCCCUCGGGUAUCUGCAGCUGCUGAACAGCUGUUCUGAUGCUGCUGGGACUCCGGCCUGCAGCUUCUCCAUCAGCUCCAGCAUGGCCACCACCACUGGCACAGACCCGGUGGCCAAAUGGUGGGCCUCGCUGACAGCUGUGGUGACCCACUGGCUGCGGCAGGAUGAGGAGGCGGCCGAGCGGCUGUACCCGCUGGUGGAGCACCUGCCCCGUGCCCUGCAGGAGUCUGAGAGACCCCUGCCCAAGGCAGCUCUGCACUCUGUCAAGGCUGCCCGGGCCCUGCUGGGCCGCGGGAAGGCAGACUCUGGCCCGGCGAGCCUGGCCCUCUGUGAGAAGGCUAGUGGGUACCUGCAGGACAGCCUGGCUACCACACCAGCUGGCAACUCCAUUGACAAGGCCAUGCAGCUGCUCCUGUGUGACCUGCUCCUUGUGGCACGCACUAGCCUGUGGCGGCGGCAGCAGCUGCCCGCACCAGCCCAGGCCUCCCAGGGUCCGGGCAGCGGGGCCCAGGCCUCUGCCCUCGAGCUGCAUGGUUUCCAACGGGACCUGAGCGGCCUGAGGCGUCUGGCACAGAGCUUCCGGCCUGCUAUGCGGAGGGUGUUCCUCCAUGAAGCCACGGCCCGGCUGAUGGCAGGGGCCAGCCCCACACGGACACACCAGCUCCUGGACCGCAGUCUGAGGAGGAGGGCAGGCCCCUGCGGCAAAGGAGGCGCGGCGGCGGAGUUGGAGCCACGGCCGACGCGGCGGGAGCGCGCCGAGGCCCUGCUGCUGGCGUCCUGCUACCUGCCGCCCGGCUUCCUGUCGGCGCCCGGGCAGCGCGUGGGCAUGCUGGCCGAGGCGGCGCGCACGCUCGAGAAGCUCGGCGACCGCCGGCUGCUGCACGACUGCCAGCAGAUGCUCCUGCGCCUGGGCGGCGGGACCACCGUCACCUCCGGCUAGACCCCGCGGCGCCCGGCGCCGUCCGGCUGUGCCUCGGGCUGGAGCCUGGACGGCCGGUGUGCCCGGCUCACCCUCGGACUGCACUGUCCCGGGGGGGAGGGGGGUGGGAGACCCUCGGGGACUUUGCCUUUUGACCUGGGAGGCCGGAGUGAGCGCCAUCUCACCGCCCUGCCGGCUCUGACCCGAUGAGCCGCGGCCAGGGUGGUGCUGACCCCUCGUGGCUGGUCGGGGGAUUGCAGGGGCCGGCGGGCCGGUGUCGCCUAGGCCCGCAGGCACCCCGUGGCUUUCCCUUGUCCUGUCCAGAGAGAAGAAAGGGGUACAUUUUACUGAGCUGAGGGGGCCGACUUGGCCUUCCCGGCCAGCACGGAGGCCCUGCCCCAAGGCGCUUCUCGCCCUUCUGGGGAGGCCUGUGCAUGGUGUAGAUCAGGGGGCACGAGCCUCCUGCCCUCCGAGGCUCAAGUGUUACUUUGCCUUUUGCAAACUUUAUUUUCAUAGGUUCAGAAGUUUUUUGUACGGAGAAUAAAAACAUUAUUUAUAA